UCACGGUGCGUGUUGCUCGGUCGCUUAUCGGUCUUAUCGGACCGCUUCCAACACGGGAGUGUCGGAGCAAUAACAUGUCGCAACCGUGUGACAACGUGGUGGAAACGAUUAAUUGAUUUAGUGGCAUUCGUAGUGUUUCGCGUAUAGGUAACAAUCAGUUCCGAUCGCUUGAAUAGUGUCAAAUACCUUAAUGCGCUUCUAAUAUCCAACUAGAAUGAGCAUGUGAAAUCUUGCGAAAAGUUUUAUAUUAGUUCUUGACGCAAAACACCUCCGGGCCAUCAUCAAACCUAACCAGGAGUGGAUGGUGUGAGAACGAGUGAAAGUGGAGUUUCAUUCCGCCACAUGUGGCUUUCCAUAGGUCCCAGAGCAAGCGAGAAUAAAUGAUGGUAGUGUGGUUGUUAGGAGUAGAAAAACACGUUGGAAUGAAAUGAAUCUAAAUGAAGGAAAAGCACAUAGGACACCUUAUGCUGUAUUUCCUAGUCUCUGCGACGCACCUAACCCAACGUGUGGAAUUGACCAACUUGAGGUUGUUUGUCUGAUAAUGAUUAUGCGUCAAACCAUCCACUUAACUAAAUACCUGGAACUGCCGGCGUUACAAACUUGCAUCCCAUCGUUUUGUGCAUGUGUGCGUUGUAAUCGUGGAUUGUUAGACUAAUCCUAUUAGGUGAUGAAUUGUGGUUUGCAUAAUUGACACCAUCACUGAAGGACUCGUCGCGUUCAUCAUUGCGUUAACUGCUUCUACCGACGUUAAUCGUAGAAAUGUUUCACUUGUGUAAAAAGCCAACAUUAAAACAUCCUUGUUUCCUUAAACCUUAAUAAAUAAAAAAUCAUUUACGUCAUGCUAUUUUAAUACAACUUAAGCAUGUACCUGCUCAUCCAAGACGUCACCUCAUUGUGGUGAUUUUAGUUGUCUAGUAGAUCUAGUGAAGGAUAAUAAAAUGUUCAUUGAUGGCCAUUUAUGCAAAGAGCAUGAACCAACUUUUCAUCACAUUUUUCGUGUGGAACGCUAUCAAGCUUUCCUUUACACAACAUCUUCAUGAACUCAGCGUUAUUCCAAUCCAAAACCACCAGCGACAACUUCAGCUUCAUAUGACAUGGAAUUCUACACUACCGGACGAUGCAGUGUAUACUAUCACUAUCGACCACGUGGUUACUGAAACUUGCCAGCUCAAAGCAAUGUUUGAUAAUCUAAAACAUAUAAAAUGUGCGCCGAUCCUUGUUCAUGCGACGUCCACUGAUGUAAUAGCACCUUCAGAAGAAGAUGGACUACUCAAGCAUUCAUGUCCCAUCCAGCAACGUUGCACUUACAACGUUGCCGUGGAUGCAUGGAACUACCAAGGUAGCAUCCGGCAAACGGUGGAGAUUCCUGAUUGCGUUGAUGAUUUGUGCUCGUGUGAUUAUGCUGUACAUUUGCCGGCGCUCCAAGAACUCACUGCCCGGGUCAAUCGCACCAGUAAUCAACUCGUCAUCAGCUGGAAACCGGGAUCCUACAACAUUUCCAAUCUACCAAACAACGUGAUACCCCAAUUCAUUAAUAUUCGGGUUCGUCGUGGUACCAACAAUGAACUGAGCUGGGGCGGUCUGCAUAGCAGCAUGAAAGAGGUAACACUCCCAUUCAAUGCUACUUCACACUGCUUCGACAUCAACGAACUACCGGGAACGAAAUUCGUCUUCUUAGUGCAACUAAAAGUCAUAGACUCGCGGAAAUGUGAACGCGACGCUGAACCACUUAAAGUCACACUGCCGGAUUAUGAGUCCUUGGAUCAACAAGAAGCGGAGGGACUAUUGUCGCCUGUCGUCCUAUUCUUCGUACUGAUCUCUCUUGUAGCAUCGUUGGUAAUUGCUGUUAUGGUUGUUUUCUGUUACAAACGUGUUUUCAAAAGUCGACAGAAUGCUAGCUGGCGUGAUAUUUGCGUGCGUACUAGCGGCGAGCAUCCCCCCAUGAUAAUGUCGGAGAACGAACUAUAUGUGGAUAUGGAUGUCGAGAAUGCUCGAGCACGCGGUAGUGCAGAUUAUUUGGAAGUUCCACACUCUGCUUUGCGCAUUGGUCGUGAAAUCGGUAAAGGAGCAUUUGGUAGGGUGUUCAUGGCGAGUGCAUUAAAAUUGCCAAAUUGUAAUGGACCGAAGAUUGUGGCCAUAAAACAACUGAAAAGGUGUCCUUCGGCUGACAAGCUCGACGAGUUUUUAGAUGAAAUUAGUAUGAUGAAAAAAGUCGGCCAACAUCCGAACAUUGUGACCCUGCUCGGCUGUUGCACCAUCAAACAACCACUAACAAUGAUAAUGGAAUAUAUUGGUUGUGGCGAUCUGCUGGAAUAUUUACGUAAAAUCAGAGCCAAACAUCUCGCCAACAUACAUCAAUUAGAAAUGAGUUCAAAAUUGGAGCAGCAGAACCUUAUACAAAACACCGCUAACAACAACAUGUUUAAUCCCAUGGGAAAAUAUCUAGAUCUUUUGCACACCUCCAGUUCAUCAGAUGCGUCGUACAUCACGCAAACUGACACUAGUGCCACGCGUCCAUCAUUCACCGAAACUACCUACACCAUGCUUAGUGGUAUACUGGCGGAGGGAGACAGUUCAAGCGUUCGCAGUCGAUGCUCGUUGGAAUAUGUCCUCGAUCAUAAAGAGUUACACAACUUUGCUAAGCAGAUCGCCUGUGGAAUGGAGCAUUUAGAGAAUCUUGGCAUUACGCACCGCGAUUUAGCGGCACGCAAUAUUCUCAUAGAUGAGCGGAAAACUUUGAAGAUAUCGGAUUUCGGGUUAUCGCGUACUGGCAUAUACAUCAAUUCGGUAAACAAAAAGGUUCCGUUGCGUUGGCUUUCCAUCGAGGCAAUACGCGAUAAGCUGUAUUCCAGCAAGAGCGAUGUCUGGGCGUUCGGCAUAGUGCUGUGGGAAAUAGGAACCUUAGGUGGCUACCCCUACCCCGCGGUAGGAAAUCACGAACUUCAAAGCUUUCUGGAACAGGGUAAGCGACUAGAACGUCCGGAAAACUGCACUGCCGAGGUUUACGCGCUCAUGUUAAAAUGCUGGCAUGAAGACCCCGCCCAACGCCCAACGUUUGAGCAGAUAUCCAAGCAACUGGAUCCGCAUAAGAAAAUUUACAUAGACUUCAACGAUCUGGAACCUACUUACGUAUUUCCUCCUACCAGCGAUCAAUUGCGGUUGGCUAUUGCCAACAACAAAUAAGCGAAAUGUCCAAACCACCGAAUACAUUAAAUUAGUCAUUGAAGGAACGCUGACGCAUUUUCUGCUUAUACUUCGUGACUAAUAUUUGUACAACUAAA